GAGGCAGUCGUCAAUGUCGGCCAAGUCGGUGACGAGGUCCACCUCUAUCCGCCAGUCUAUUGGCAAGGCCUUCGCCGAUGUCAUGAACAAGGACCGGGAACCCCAUCAGACAUCACCCACCGACAAGCCUCUCAAGAAACCCAGAGAAUCAUCUUCUGGCACCCGCCGUCUCAGCGCACUACAUGCUAUGCAGUCUGCCAUACCACACAGCGCCACUGCUUCUUCCCGACUGGACGCUCCGGGCCCGGCUCAUCCUGCAAAAGACGCUCGGGAUCAGAGGGCGAAGGAGGACGGGAUGAUGACGGACACGGCCACCACGGCUAAGACACUUACCCGCACCUCUAGGAGGCGGUCUGCCAUCCCCUCCGCGGAGAAGACCGGCCCCGGCCAUGCAACCACGGACGAGGGCAAGAAGACUCCGGAGGCUCCGGCCCACCCUCCAGCACGUCGGGCAUCACUCCGGCCUCGCACGUCGCAGGGCACGAGCGCGUUGCCGUUGCCCAAGUAUCGCCCCAGAUCUGUGCUCGCCGAUGAUGUCAAGGACACCGCAGCUGCGAAGAGGUCGGCGAUACCCGUCAAGCCGCCUGUGCGUCGCCAGACGAGCAGCUCCGAUGACGACAAGGACGAGGACAGCAGCUCCCCGGGUGCGUCCAAGGGGAAGCUGCUCGACAGCCAGGCCACCGACGACGACCAUGACCACUCCCGCGACCGCAAGGGGCGCAUCAGCCCUCUGUCGCACAGCACCCUUGCCGUCAAAGUCAGUCUGCCCGGGUCGGCGCCCCCGACAACGACGACGAUCGACAUCACGCCCACCCGCAAAGGUGGCAAGGUGUCGCCUUCGCAACCGCCAAAGUCAAAAUCCAAGCUGCCGGCUACGAAGCCGCCAACACGCUCGUCUACCACGCCGUCCUCUGCGACCCCUCCCUCCACCAUCGGGCGGCAUGCCGCAGCAGUCCCUCGGCGGUCAUCUAUAUCAUCGGGCAGGCCCACUCCUUCACCUCAUGGGUCUACCUCCAAGGCCACAUCGUCCUCUUUGCUAAAGGCCAGCACUGAUUCUCACAAGUCUACCCCAUUGCGGAAGAGCCCGCUGCGUCAGAGCAGCCAGCCGCCCGAAUCCCCGCUCGCACGCCGCUCGCGGAACGGUUCUGACUCUACUCUUGGUCCGCGGACGCCUGGUCAGUCAUCUCGCGACGCCGACAGCGAAGACAGCACCGAAGCCGACGAUGUCGAGCUGUUGCUGGCUCCUGUCGCCUCGCCCGACGCCCCGACGCCUUCUAUUCCUCGUACCCAAACACAUCGCAGAACGCGGACAGACCAGCCUGAAUUCCAGACACCCACCAAAGCCACCGAUGGCAUGCCCCGCUCGACCAGCUACUCACAUUCACCUCUAAUUCUUCCCAAGGGCUCUGACCCUUCGCCGCGGCACCUACGUCCCCUUCAGGGCGUAGAGCGGGGGUCGAUUCUCUCAUGGGACCAGAUGGCCAAGGACGCUUCUAAGCUGCUCUCGCCAGACGAGGUCGGGCACAUGCUCCACGAUGUCCCUGCCCCAUUCACUCCCGGUCCCGCCUCGCCCAUGAUGACCGCCGUCCUCGGUCUCGAAAGCCCGAACCUCUGUCCUCUACCCUCUCCCGGAGACUUUGCAUCGAUCUCGCAGGUCCUCCUCCCAGAAGUAACACCGUCGCCAGCCGUGCACCACCAGACGUUCGACCACACGCCGAACGGCUCGCCCGGCAUCGACUUGGGCACCGUCACCCGCCUGCGGCUGCAGAUCGCGUUCGCCGAGAACCUAGCGAGCGAGCGGCUCGAGCGGCUGCAGGACGUCGAGGAGCAGCUGCAGCGCGCUCAGCACGCGCGCGCGGCGGAGGCGGAGGACCUCGCCGCGCAGCUGGCCGCGCUCCAGCAGCAGCUGCACGGCAGCGUCGAGGCGCGAGAGCGCCGCGAGGAGGACCACGCGGCGUACACGCUCUCGCUCGAGGACCAGCUGCGCCACGCGGAGGCGGCGCGCGACGGCGCGGUGCAGGCGGCGGUUGCGCGCGCGCAGGAGGAGGCGCGCCGGCGGAUGAGGGAGACGAUCGGCGGUGCGCGGGUGCGGUGGGAUGCGGUGCAGGUUGCGCAGACGGCGGGGCUGCGCUGGGAGGUCGUGCGCGAUAAGGCCGAGGCGGAUCUCGGCGAUGUUAAGGCGGAUCGGGCGACGCUGCAGGUUCUCCUCGGUAUGCUGGAGCAGAGCCGGAGACGGGUGCGCGGUAUGAAGGCCUGAGUGAUUUUAGCAUCCCUAGUUUAUUGCAUUCGUUCACCUCUACUUAUGAUUCGUCAUGUAUGUAAUGGACCUCGUGUACUUCUAGUAUUACCCUUUUACCCUCUCCCUCUCGCCUCGAGUGAUUCGGUCAUGUGCAUGAUCCAUACCUUCCUUUUGAUCUUUUCCAUUUCCAUUCAUGUGUAUUAUAUAAGUAUAUAGGUAGUACAUUAGACGUGCUGCGAUCAUGAUCCUCUUAAUCC